AUGAUCACCCAGAUAAGUGAAAAAGAUGCCCAUAAGCUAUCAUCGGGUCAGUUGAUCAUUGAUCUCACAGCUGCUGUGAAGGAGCUGGUAGAGAAUGCUAUUGAUGCCAACAGUUCCCAGAUUCAGAUUACCAUCAAAGACUACGGUCUGGAUUCCAUUCAAGUGUCUGACGAUGGGGUUGGAAUUUCAGUGGAAGAUCAUCCAUUUGUAUGCUCUCCUUAUUACACUUCAAAACUUUCAAGUUUUGAGGAUUUGCAAGCCGUCAGUACUUUGGGCUUUAGGGGAGAGGCAAUGAGUUCAUUGUGCAAUAUAAGCAAUGUUACCAUUGUUACAUGUCCUGAUCCAGAUGUCGCAGCUAGCAAGCUGGAGUAUGACCAUUCGGGCAAACUGAUCAAAAGUUCUUCGAUCUCAGCCAAGAAAGGCACAGAAGUCACCAUAUCAAACAUUUUUGAAAACUUGCCUGUUCGCAGAAAGGAGCUCGUCAAGCAUGCCAAGAGAGAUUUUUACAAAUUGAUGACAGUACUUCAAAGCUACGCUGUGAUCAAUACACAGAGACGUAUUAUGGUCAAUCAUAUAACAGCAAAGGGUAAAAAGAAUCAGAUGUUGGCAACACAAGGCGCCUCUUUGAAAGGAAACCUUGUCAAUGUGUUUGGUGCAGGAGCACUGAACGGAUUGAUUCCUAUUAACAUACAGUUGAGCAUAUCCGCUAAGUACUCCGAAGAGUUUGAACUGUCGGUAGAAGGUUACAUUUCAAAUUGCUCUUUUGGUCAGGGAAGAGCAUCUUCUGAUAGACAAUUAUUUUUCAUUAAUGGAAGGCCGGUAGAUCUGGCACAAUUAUCCAAGAAGAUCAAUGAAGCAUACAAGACGUUCAAUCAUCUGCAGUAUCCAAUGGUUGUACUCAACUUGAAGUUGGAUCCAAACUAUCUGGAUAUAAACGUUACCCCUGACAAGCGGACUAUAAUGAUUCACCAUGAAGACCAGGUUCUAGAGUCUUUGAUUGAUGCAUUAAUUAACGAGUUUAAUUCUCAAUCACACAUUAUUCCAAAGCAAGAAACAUCUACUCUGGUAGACUCUAGUAUGCUUCAGAGACCUACAGGAGAUACCAGCUUUAGACAAAGGAAACGUAGCGAUAUUUACUCCACAAUCAACGAGAGGACGAAGAGGCUGAAGGAUGCUAGUUUACAUGUUGAAGAUACGAACAAUACGACAACUGAGCUCUCUCUCUUUGUUCGUGAAGAUUCUGAGGAACAUACUGGUGCCACUGAGCCAGAUCAAGAUAUCGGAAACGACGUGGGAGUAGUUUUGACGACCUUAUCCCCUCCAAGGACAGUAAAGACAGUACGAAAUUAUCGAUUGGACGAAAGAGAUAAUUCUUCGAAUCAAAGGAAGGAAGAAGAAAGUUCUAAGAGUGACUAUUCAGAAGAAGAUGAAGUGGAUGACCAGGGAACGAGUACUCCCAAUGAUGAUUCUAAUAAUUUAUCAAUCACCAGAGUGUACUCUGUUGAAGAUAAUGAUCACCAAGGGCCGGACGAUGUAGUAAUAAUCGAUGAAAAGCAUAUUGGCGAGGGGAGAGGUGGUUUUGGUAGAUCAAAGGCUACUGAAAAGUCAAUUGAUGAAGAAAACAUAGUAGAGAAUGGGAUAAAAAACCAAGAGCCGAGUAAUGAUUCUGAACUAGUUAAUGCAGAAAUCAUUGAUGAAGAAGACGGAUCAGACCAUGCGGACAUAAUAGAGUACAAUUCCCCGACUACUAGACAGAUCCCAAAGAAUCGCCCUCAACUAGUAACAGAAAUAUUUCAAGAACCAAGUAAGCAAAACAAUGCAACUUCGGAGAUAGACCUACUAGCUUCCUACUCAUCAACUGUCCCUAUUUUAAACUUUUCCCGAGCCAAACGCCUGAACUCACAAAGAUACGUCGGAACAGUUGCAAUAGAAAGCCAAAAAAUUGCACAACAAUUUGCCUCCAAUACUUCCAGACUGAUCAACGCAGUUGAUUCCGAAAAGACUUCUUUAGAAGUUGCCAAAGAUGACAUCACUGACAAAGAAGUAGCAGAAGAAGCCUUGACAAUGAGAGUUUCCAAGACAGACUUUUUGAAAAUGAAGGUAGUCGGUCAGUUCAAUCUUGGAUUCAUCAUCGUUACUAAAAAGUCGACAGAAGGGAAGCAAGACCUUUUUAUUGUAGACCAACAUGCAUCUGACGAGAAAUAUAAUUUUGAAAACUUUCAGAAGAACACACAGUUUCUAAGCCAGCCGCUGGUGGUGCCACAGUUCAUUGAGUUAAAUCUUCUAGAUGAAGUAUUAGUUCAAGACAACAUCGAAAUCUUCAGCAAGAACGGAUUUUCUAUUAAGUUUCAAGAGGAAAAUGAGGCAGGGAAAAGGAUUCAAUUACUUUCCAUUCCAAUGUCAAAAGGAACAGUAUUUGACAUAGCAGAUUUUCAUGAGCUGGUCCAUCUACUUAAAGAAAAUCAAGGGAUCAGCAAAGAGAAUCUAUUAGCACACGUGAGGCCAUCCAAGAUACGAUCCAUGUUCGCCAUGAGGGCUUGUAGGGCAAGUAUCAUGAUUGGGAAAUCACUAUCUAUGAAAACGAUGACUAGGGUAGUCCACCAUUUGAGUGGAUUAGAUAAGCCCUGGAAUUGCCCUCAUGGAAGACCCACUAUGAGACACCUUAUUGAGCUGAGCGAUUUGAAACCGUUCCAAGAUGAUUAUAUUGUUUAG